AGACCCGGUGCAUCCUUCGUUUUGCUGCACCGCACCUGGGAGGUCCGGGCCCAGUCUGAUGCAGCUGAGAACGAUGCAGACCAUCAAGAAGGAGCAGGCGCCCCUGGAGAGCGUCACCGGCGGCGUGGACAAAGUGCUGGUGCUGAGCGAAGGCCCCGAGGACCUGGCGGCCGGCGAGGAGCUGCUCCUGAGCGAGGGCGGCAUGGGCAAGAGCAAGGCGGCGGCGUGUCGGAGGAAGCGGGAGUUCAUCCCCGACGAGAAGAAAGACGCCAUGUACUGGGAGAAGCGGCGGAAAAACAACGAAGCGGCCAAGCGAUCGCGGGAGAAGCGGCGCCUCAACGACUUGGUGCUGGAGAACAAGCUCAUCGCGCUGGGCGAGGAGAACGCCACGCUCAAGGCCGAGCUGCUGUCGCUCAAGCUCAAGUUCGGCCUCAUCAGCUCGGCCGCCUACGCGCAGGAGAUCCAGAAGCUCAGCAACUCGGCAGCCGUCUACUUCCAGGACUACCAGGCGGCCAAGGCGGGCGUGAGCGCCUUCCCCGACGAGCAGGAGCCGGCGCUGGUGGCCAGCAGUUGCAUCUCGGUCAUCAAGCACUCCCCGCAGAGCUCGCUGGCCGACGGGCCCGAUGCGGGCGCCCUGGACCAUUCGCAGGAGGGCCCCGGCGCGCAGGCCGGCCGCACCAGCCCCGAGAGCAAAUUCCAGGUCAUUAAGCAAGAGCCCGUGGAGCUGGAGACUUACGCCAGGGAGCCCAGAGAUGACCGGGGACCCUUCCGAGGGGGCCCAGUGUACCAGGCCUACCUGGGGACCCCCUUUCCCAGCUACUCGCACUCCCCGCCGCUCUUGCCGGCCAACCGCUCCUCGAGCAACUCCCCCAGGACGUCCGAGGCCGAUGAGGGCACGGUGGGCAAGGCCUCGGACGGCGAGGACGAGCAGCAGGUCCCCAAAGGCCCCAUCCACUCCCCCGUGGAACUGCAGCGGGGACACGCCACGGUGGUGAAGGUGCCCGAGGUCAACGCGUCCGCCCUGCCCCACAAGCUGCGCAUCAAAGCCAAAGCCAUGCAGAUCAAGGUGGAAGCUUUCGAUAGCGAGCUGGACGGGGCGCCCAAGCCGGCCUCGCCAGGGGACGUGACCUCCAAGAGGCAUUUGGAACUAGAGAAGCCCCACGGGGGCCCCGGCACGGGACAUCAUGCCGCGCUGCCUCCCUUCUCCGUGCAGGUGACGAACAUUCAAGAUUGGUCGCUCAAAGCCGAGCACUGGCCGCAGAAAGAACUGCCCGGCCAAACGGCCCAUGGUUUCAAAACGGUAGGCCGGGUGGAAGCGAAAGACAGUGGCUUCAAAGUGUCUGAGCCAGAGAAUUUGUUUUUGAAGCAGGGCCUAGCAAACUUCUCGGCAGAGGUGGUCUCGCUGAAGAGAUUUAUAGCCACACAUCAGAUCUCCGCUUCGGACUCGGGGUGACUUACUACUGAACCAACCAGCUGCGGGCGUUCUAGAAAAGGGGGUCGGUGGCCAUAGGAGUGCAUUUUGUAUUAGGCUGAAUUUUUCACUGGACCUGUGAUGUCAUUUCACUGUAACGUUCACAUGUUGUCUAUUGAGUGUCUUUUUUUGUGUGCACAGAUUCUUCUGAGGAUUAGAUUGUGUUAUCACUCUGCCUUGUGUAUAGUCAGAUAGUCCCUGCAAAGGCGAUGUAUAUAUCGAACAUUAUUUUUGUUGUUCUAUUACAAAGUGUGUUACGUUGCCAGUUUCAAUAAAGGAUUGGUGACAGACACAGAA